AUGGAAAUGAAGUCUCUGGGAAGAACUAAAGAUGUACAGAGUUUGACUGGGCUGAUUACUGCUCUAAGUAGGUUUAUUUCCAAAUCAACGGACAAAUGUGUCCCGUUUUUUAAUUUACUUAGAGGAAGCGAAAAAUUCGAAUGGGUGGAGGAGUGUGAGCAAGCCUUUCAAAAGAUAAAGAAACAUUUGGCUCAACCUCCCGGUCUCUCAAAACUGGUAGAUGGAGAGGACCUUUUCAUUUAUUUGGCAAUCACAGAGCAUGCUAUCAGUGCUGCUCUAAUACGAGAAGAAGAAAAGGUGCAACAUCCGGUCUACUAUGUCAAUAAGUGGUUAGUAGGAGCAGAAUCAAGAAUUCAUGAUAUUCCUGACGAGACAGAAAAUGUAGCUGGGCAGAGAAAAGUUUUUCCUGCCUGGCAACUUUAUGUGGACCGAUCUUCCAAUGAACAUCAUGCAAGAGCCGGACUUAUAUUGAUCACACCAAAGCAACAUUGA